GGCACAAUCACAACUAACGAAAACCCAUGGCUAAUUUCCAACCAACUUAUAAUUCCGAGCACUUUUACAUCGCAGUAUAACUGCAACAAUAAGGGGACCUGUUGCACAGAAAUUCACCGACAGCGCUGCCGCGGGAGCGUCCAGCACAGCACUACUACUGCACGGCGCUUGAUGAGCCAACAAGCUGGAACCCAGACCGACAUUCAGCGACCACUCUCCCUGACCGCGAUAUAGACAUGUUGGAAGACAAGCCGCAACAUGAUGGCGAGGAUUCUGGCCAUGUGUCGCCAAACCACGACGCGUCUGAGAAAUCAAGCUCUGGCCAACCGUUCUCCAAUUCAUGGCGAGACGAGCCUUUGACACCCACCGAAUCAGCAAAGGUCACGCAAAUUCUCAGAGCAUGCGAGAACAAAGACACUCAACAGAUUGUUGCUCUUGCCACAACCUCGGGUGGUCUCAUCGAAGACCACGUUAGACGUGUCGCAUGGCCCGUACUUUUAGGCGCAUCUGAACAGAAGCCUGAUCAGACGGUUAAUUGGCAAGCAUUGCCUGUGCAUAGAGAUGAGGAGCAAGUCAAACUGGACGUUCACCGUGCUUUUGUAUACUACCCAACAGGCGAAUCUGAAAACCAGAUUGAAGGCCGGAAACAUGAAUUGUCAAAUCUCAUCACUGGUCUGUUGCGUCAGCAUCCGUGCCUGCAUUACUUCCAGGGCUUCCACGACAUUGCGCAAGUGCUGUUGCUCGUGUUGGGCGCCAACCAGGCUGCACCUCUUCUGGCCCGCUUGUCUCUUCUUCGGAUCAGGGAUUACAUGCUUCCUACCUUCUCGGCCAGUGAAUCACAUGUACAGCUAUUGCCUGCAAUAGUGUAUGCUACUGACCCGAAACUAUGCCAGCAUCUAUCGGGGUUGCAGCCCUAUUUUGCCAUCGCUGCUACCCUGACGUUGUACGCACACGACAUCGAGGAAUACGGUGGAAUAUCUCGGUUGUUCGACUUUCUCCUGGCACAUGAAGCUGUGGUGUCGGUGUACAUGUAUGCAACAAUCAUCAUGCUGCGAAAAGACGAGCUCUUGGAGCUCGGCUCCGAUGAAGAAGACAUGAUGUACGCAAUCUUGUCUAAACUACCCAAGCCACUGGAUAUUGAGUCCCUCAUCACGAGGACGACCUUGCUCUACUCUCAGCACCCGCCAGAGACACUGCCCUUCAGGGCAUGGCGCCAGGUGUCAGGUUACAGCGUGCUCAAAACCACGCGUGAUCCCAACGAACUCGCAAAGCAAACGCUUGAAGAUGGAGAACAACUUUAUGCAAAGCAUGCGGCCCAGAUUGAGCGCCAGCAAGCCCUCCAAAAAGCGAUCGCUCAGUCGCGUUUAUUGGCAUACAGAUACCGCAAGCCAGCAGGAGCAUUGACUCUUGCAGUGGCCGUGGGGGUCCUCUCCUUGUAUAUCGGCAAAAGCGGGAACGGAUCUUCCGUAUCAUCAUCAGCCAUCCUGCUUGACGCUAGACACAAGCUACUGUGGGUCAUCAACAGGGCUUGGGCAGCUCUACGCCUGUGAGUGGUUGGAGUAUUCUGGACAGUAAUUCAACGAAAUAGGUCUAGGCCGCACGAAAUGCAUGAGAUUUAUGAUUUA